CGUUGGGCUGUGUUUAGGUUCCACCUUCCAAGUGCCUUCUUCUCUCUCUCUCUCUCUUGGUAUAUUCUCACUCACACCCUCCAUGGCUCCAGCUAUUGCAUACGGAUCUCUGUAGCUUCACUCCCACUUUCUCUCUCUUCUUUGACUGCAUGAAAAUGAAAAGCAUGGAGCACUAAUCACUAUCUUUUGUUCUUUCAAUUCUCGGGGAAAUUUUUGCUGCUGGAGUCUCUGUUGUGUUGAAUCAUUUGCACUUCAACAUUGGGGAUAUUAGUAUUUGGGAGUUAGGACAUUUGGUCAAAGAUGAUCAGGAACCCUCCAUUGCAUGCUUCAACAUUGCCAAGUGCUUUAUCUUCAUCUCUCAUUACUCUACAUGGAAGUUCUGUAAAUUGUGUGCCCUGUCUUCCAUUUAGACCCCAGAGAAAAAUCAACAGGAUAAGAGCUACAUCUGCAGAUGCAGGGCAUAUUGAACCAUCACCGGCUUCAGGAUCAAAGAAUCCUCUUGCCACUGUUUUGGACAUUCCUCGUACCCUUUGGAGGCAAACACUGCGUCCAUUAAGUGAUUUUGGGUUUGGUGGUCGGAGUAUAUGGGAAGGUGGGGUUGGACUGUUUUUAGUUUCAGGUGCAGUUCUGUUUGCACUUAGUUUGGCCUGGUUGAAGGGUUUCCAAAUACGUUCCAAAUUCAGGAAGUACACAGCAACAUUUGAGUUUGAUCAGGCUUGUGGUAUAUGCACUGGAACACCUGUGAGGAUCAGAGGGGUGACUGUUGGUGACGUCAUUCGUGUGAAUCCUUCCUUAAGAAGUAUUGAAGCUAUUGUUGAGAUUGAAGAUGAUAAAACAAUCAUACCACGGAAUUCAUUGGUUGAAGUUAACCAGUCAGGUCUUCUUAUGGAAACUAUAAUUGACAUUACUCCUCGUGAUCCUAUUCCAACACCUUCAACUGGACCACUUGACCAAGAAUGUUCUAAAGAAGGGCUCAUUGUGUGUGAUAGAGAGAAGAUUAAAGGUUACCAAGGAGUAAGUUUGGAUGCCUUGGUUGGGAUAUUUACCCGCCUUGGGCAAGAUGUUGAGAAAAUUGGCAUUGCCAAUAGCUAUUCAUUGGCUGAACGGGCUGCUUCAAUUAUUGAAGAAGCGAAACCUCUUCUUACAAAGAUAAAAGCCAUGGCUGAAGAUGUUCAACCUUUGUUGACUGAAGUCCGUGAUAGUAAUCUGUUGAAAGAAGUUGAGAAUUUAACCCGAAGCCUCACACAAGCAUCUGAAGAUUUGAGAAGGGUUCAUUCAUCCAUUAUGACCCCUGAGAACACUGAACUGCUCCAAAAGUCCAUAUAUACUCUUAUUUUUACCUUGAAGAACAUUGAGAAUGUUAGCUCGGAUAUUUUGGGUUUCACUGGUGAUGAAGCUACAAGAAAGAAUUUGAAAUUACUUAUCAAGUCCCUCAGCAGGUUAUUGUGAGGUCAAAAUUCCAUUUAAAGUAGGAUAUCAUGCAAUUAGGUUAUUUCCAAUGUGUUUCACCAACCUCAACAUUGAAGGAGUAAAUAGUAAUUUGUGACUGUUUUUAGUUGUUUCGAAGGUGUGGCAUUGCUUAUGGUUUUUACAUUCUACUGUGAUAGAAAUUUGUUUUUCCCAGUGUACAAUGAGAUGCAUUGAUAUUCUUAUUCAACUGAUUGAGGAAGCUAAUUGCUAUGAUGUGCACAUCCUUAUUUUACUGAUAUUGUUAUUCAGCUGUGUAGCAUAGAGGUGAUUAGUAAUAAUUGUACUCACUUGUCAUACUUAAGCUAAAAGGCUCACAGAAGAGUGUGAGGGUACAGUCUUAAAUUA